CCCAGGCAGGGCCAGCAGCUGCCACAAAAAAGCAAAUGAUGUUCUGAAUGGAGGCCAUGACAAGGAACAGAGAGACCCUUAUUUUGUGGAAACCCCCUAUGGUUAUCAGCUAGACUUAGAUUUCGUCAAAUAUGUGGAUGACAUCCAGAAGGGGAACACUAUCAAGAAACUGAACAUCCAGAAGAGGCGGAAGCCAUCCGUGCCGUGCCCGGAAACCAGGGCCACACCUGGUCAGCAAGAUGUGUGGACUUCCACUGAAUCCCUCUCCUCCUCCAACAGUGAUGACAAUAAGCAGUGUCCCAGCUUCCUGCUAGCCAGAAGCCAAGUCACAUCAACCCCAGUCCCAAGGCCACCUGCCCCCCUGGACACUUCACCCACUUUUCUUACCAUUCCAGAAAAUCGACAGCUGCCCCCUCCCUCACCACAGCUCCCAAAGCACAACCUUCAUGUCACCAAGACUCUGAUGGAGACCCGGAGAAGACUGGAACAGGAGAGAGCCACCAUGCAGAUGACACCGGGUGAAUUCAGAAGGCCCAGGCUGGCCAGUUUUGGUGGCAUGGGCUCCACAAGCUCUCUCCCCUCCUUUAUGGGUUCUGGAAACCACAAUCCUGCCAUGCACCAGCUUCAAAAUGGAUACCAAGGCAAUGGAGAUUAUGGUGGCUAUGUCCCAGCACCUGUCACUACUUCCUCCAUGGGGAGCUCCAUCCGCCACAGCCCACUAAGCUCGGGGAUCUCCACCCCAGUGACUAAUGUGAGCCCCAUGCACCUGCAGCACAUCCGCGAGCAGAUGGCCAUUGCCCUGAAACGCCUAAAGGAGCUGGAGGAGCAGGUGCGAACCAUCCCUGUGCUCCAGGUAAAGAUCUCUGUCUUGCAAGAGGAGAAGCGGCAGUUGGCCUCACAGCUGAAAACGCAGAGGGCUGCCUCCCAGAAUGAUGUCUGUGGCAUGAGGAAACGCUCCUACAGCGCGGGUAAUGCAUCCCAGCUAGAGUUGCUCUCCCGGGCCCAGAGAAGUGGUGGGGAAUUGUAUAUUGACUAUGAAGAGGAAGAGAUAGAGAGUGUGGAGCAGAGCACGCAGAGAAUCAAGGAGUUCCGGCAGCUCACAGCAGACAUGCAGGCGCUAGAGCAGAAGAUACAGGACAGCAGCUGUGAGGCUUCCACAGAACUCAGGGAGAACGGGGAGUGCCCACCUCGGGAGUGCCGGUCUGUGGCUGUAGGUGGCAACGAGAACAUGAAAGACACUGUUGUAUACCACAGGGGCUCCAGGUCCUGCAAAGAUGCAGCUGUUGGGACAGUCACUGAGAUGAGGAAUUUGGGGGUCAGCGUGACGGAGGCCAUGCUGGGUGUGACUACGGAAGCCGACAAAGAAAUUGAGCUGCAACAGCAGACCAUAGAUGCCUUAAAGGAAAAGAUCUACCGCCUGGAAGUACAGCUUAAAGAAACCACUCAUGACCGAGAGAUGACUAAACUAAAACAAGAACUGCAGGCUGCUGGGUCCAGGAAAAAAGUUGACAAAGCCAUGGUGGCCCAGCCACUUGUCUUCAGCAGGUUGGUGGAAGCAGUGGUGCAGACCAGAGACCAAAUGGUUGGCAGUCAUGUGGACAUGGUAGACACAUGUGUUGGGACCUCUGUGCAAACAAGUAGUGUAGGCAUCUCCUGCCAACCCGAGCACAAGAGUCAAGUGGUGGGGCCCGAGCUGCCCAUGAACUGGUGGGUUGUUAAGGAGAGGGUGGACAUGCAUGACCGAGGCACCGGGAGGUCUGUGGAGACCUGUGAUGCAAGUGUGGGUGUGGAAGUCAGCGUCUGUGAAACAGGCAGCAACACAGAGACAUCUGGGAGUGACCUGACACUCCUCAAGACAAACUUGAACCUCAAGGAUGUGCGGUCCAUUGGUUGUGGAGAUUGUUCCAUUGAUGUGACCAUCUGCUGUCCCAAGGAAUGCACCUCCCGCAGCAUGAACACCGAAGCUGUGGGCCAAGUGGAAGCUGCCAUAAUGGCAGUGCCUCAUACCACAAGCCAGCACACCAGUACAGCUUUGGAACAGGUGGACCAGUCCACCAACACCGAGAGAGCCACCCUCGUAGAAUCCUGCACCAACACUUUCCUCAGCACUCUGGACAAACAGACCUGCACCCAGACAGUGGAGAUGCGGACCGUGGCCAUAGGAGAAGGCCGCGUCAAAGAUGUCAACUCCUCUACCAAGACGCGGUCCGUUGGUGUUGGGACGGUGCUUUCUGGCAAUUCUGGGUUUGAUAAGCCAUGCACUGUGAAAACCAAAGAGUCAGGCGUGGGGCAGAUAAAUAUUCAAGAUAACUAUCUGGUUGGCCUCAAAAUGAGGACCAUAGCAUGUGGGCCUCCACAGUUGACUGUGGGACUGACAGGCAGUAAGAGGAGCGUGGGUGUUGGGGACGAGCCUGUAGGGGAGCUCCAAGAGGAUCCCCAGCCACAGGCUACUUCUGGAAUGAUGACUGGCUUGGAUCACUACAUUGAGCGGGUGCAGAAGCUGCUUACAGAGCAACAGACACUGCUGGCUGAGAACUACAGCGAGCUGGCAGAAGCUUUUGGGGAGCCUCACUCACAAAUUGGCUCCCUCAACUCACAGCUCUUCAGCACCUUGUCAUCCAUCAAUUCUGUCAUGAAGUCUGCAGGCACUGAAGAGCUUCGGAACUCCGACUUCCAGGAAAUCAGUCUGGGUAAAAUCACAG